AUGGCUUGUUGUGCAAGUGAUUAUCUCAUUUCGAGGAGAUCAUCCAAGAACAAUACCAUCAGCAGAUUUUCGCUGCACUUAUUCCGACCCUCGAAGCACCAGAGCCUCGAGUACAUGUGCAUGCGGCUGCGGCGCUCAUCAAUUUCUGUGAGGGUAUCGAACGCGAGACGCUCCCACCAUAUCGUCGAGCGCCUGCUUCGUUUGCUCAACCCUGCAGCAGCCGACGGUAUGAAGUCGCCAAAGCGAUAUGUCCAAGAGCAGGUUAUGACGACGCUCGCGAUGGUUGCCGAUGCGAGUGAGGCGACGUUCGCGAAGCACUAUUUGUCUAUUAUGCCGUUAUUGCUUAACGUGCUUCAAAAUGCGAAUGGGCCGGAAUACCGCAAGCUGAGGGUGAAGGCUAUGGAAUGCGCAGGACUGAUAGCCAUUGCAGUCGGCAGAGACGUCUUCAGACCCGACGCAAGCACCUUUGUCAACUUGUUGAUGAAUAUCCAGAACGAAGACGAGGAUCCAGAAGAAAAGGAGGGCUGGGAGAUGGUCAGCAUGGAUGGACAAAUGGUCGGGAUUAAAACAUCUGGGCUCGAAGAGAAGUGUCAGGCGUUCGAAACCCUCGUGAUUUACUGCUCGACGCUAGGUGUGCGAUUCGCGCCGUAUCUGACGCAGUGUCUCGAGCUUGUGCUCCCGUCUUUGCGCUUCUAUUUCCAUGAAGGCGUUCGAGAAGCCUGUGCAAUGUUGAUCCCGAUGCUCAUGUCGUGUGGAAAGAACAGCGGCACGCUCACAAAUCACAUGGUCUCCGCCACGUUCUCCCAGGUGGUGAAUUGUAUCGGAGGCGAGACCGACGCCUCCUUCCUUGCGUCGCUAUACAAGUGCUUUAGCGACUGCACGCGAGUGCUCGGCGGGCCCGCUGCUCUACCUAAUCUUGCCGACAAGCGGAAGGCACGCGCAGCGCGGCUAGCAUUGGAGCUGGGUAACGACAAAGACGAUUUGAUGUUGAUCGAGGAGAUGGAGGACUUCCCCCUUGAGGAUAUGGCCAAGAUGCUUAUGCCAUUUGACGCAAACCACCCGCUGCUGAUCGCGAUAUCGAGUGUACGGGAGCUGGGACUUCAUUUGGGUCAGUGGGACAGCGAGGAUGAGGGUGGUAAUGAGGGGUAAUGAUCACGCUUCUUCAGGCGAGAGUCAUGGGGUGUGCUUUCUUGUCGCUAUCGAAUGUCUUGUUGAUCACUGUAGCCAAGAUAGAUGUGCUAACGAGGAGGGCCUAUCAUGUACCCAUAACAAAUGUUAUAAUUGUAUCACAA